GAGUAGCGUAGCGCCGCGCCGGUGUUCGUCUCAAGCAAAAUUAUUCUUCAGUUUAUUGAUGUUUGCCAACGAGUUAACAAGUUGAUUUCGAACGUAAGACGAAAGUAAAAGUCUUGGGUGACAAAUACAAACGUAAUUUUACGGUUCCGGUUUACUUUGCAAGUAAUAAGUAACGCUUUUGAUUGUGAAAAAAAAGAGUUUGCAAAAAUAGUUAAAGCUACUUAGUGCCAAAAAACAAUAAAAAAAAUUUCAAAAAAUAUAAAAUAUAAAAUUUUCUUCUGUGAAUUCUUCAACAAAAGCCAUUUUGAAAAUGAGCACUUGGUAUUCAAAUAUUAUGCCCGCCUGGAUGAAUCGCUGGAUAAGUCCAUCACGCCCAGUGAAUCCUUAUCGCGCAAUACGCCCGGCGAAUGAAAACGCUCCCGAAGCUGAUGCCAUACUCACAGUACAGAAUGCCGACCUCUGCCUGGCAGAGAACAAUGACGAACACAAAACAGAUCAUUUCUUUGCCGCCAAAGAAUCUUUAAUUGUGCGACGCGGUGAUCCAUUUCGUUUGCGCAUUCAAUUCAAUCGGUCAUUCAAUCCUACACGCGAUGCAAUCAGUUUCAUAUUCACGGUUGCUGAUGAGCAAAAACCCACUCCUGGCCACGGCACAUUGGUGGGACUGGUGCCACGCGAUGGUAUUGAUUACCUCGGUGAUCCGCUUGAGUGGGCUGCGGGCAUUGAGUCGCACGAAGACACCGUACUUACGGUGCUCAUCAAACCUGCCGUCACUUGUCCGGUAACCGAAUGGAAAUUGGAUAUCGAUACGAAAAUGCUAAACAAUGGCUCAAAGACCUUCUCCAUACCAGUACCCAUCUAUAUACUCUUCAAUCCGUGGUGCCCGGAUGAUCAGGUCUAUAUGGCCGAUCACGAUCAACGCAAAGAAUAUGUCAUGCACGACACGACACUCAUCUGGCGCGGCUCGUAUAAUCGUAUGCGUCCUUCAGUAUGGAAAUUGGGCCAAUUCGAACGUCACGUGUUGGAGUGUUCGAUAAAAUUGAUUGGCACAGUUGGACGCAUACCUGCAGCCUUUCGCGGUGAUCCGGUGCGUGUGGCACGUGCGCUCUCGGCUGCCGUUAAUUCAGUGGACGAUGAUGGUCUGAUACUUGGCAAUUGGAGUGAAGACUUUUCGGGCGGCACUGCGCCGACGAAAUGGAUUGGUUCCACUGAAAUAUUGCAACAGUUCUAUAAAACGCAGAAACCGGUGAAAUAUGGGCAAUGUUGGAAUUUCUCAGGAGCCCUCACAACCAUUGCACGCACACUCGGCAUACCAUCGCGUAUUGUUACUUGUUACUCGGCGGCACACGAUACACAGGGUUCGCUUACGGUGGACAUAUUUAUUGAUCAGUCCAAUAAGAAGUUGGAUGCGGAAACCACGGACUCAAUAUGGAAUUAUCACGUUUGGAAUGAAGUGUGGAUGCAACGUCCAGAUUUAGGUAUUGGACCAUAUGGCGCAUACGGCGGUUGGCAGGCAGUGGAUGCUACGCCGCAAGAGCCUUCCGACAGUAUGUACCGCGUGGGGCCAGCGUCUGUGGUGGCGGUGAAGAAUGGUGAAAUACUGCGGCCGUUCGACUGCGGAUUCGUCUAUUCGGAAGUGAAUGCAGACAAAGUAUAUUGGCGUUACAACGGACCAUAUCAGCCCAUUAAGUUGUUGCGUAAGGACACAUUGGCAAUUGGACAUUUGAUCAGCACAAAGGCGGUGCUGAAAUGGGAACGCGAAGACAUUACACAUACAUACAAAUAUGAGGAGAAGACUGACGAAGAGCGGAAUACUAUGUUGAAGGCCUUGAAACAAUCGCGUAACGCAUUCAGUCGGUACUACUUGAACGACAGUUUCAAUGAGGUGGAAUUUGAGAUGUCGUUGAAGGAUGACAUCAAGAUCGGCGAGAGCUUUGCGGUAAUUGUUAGAAUUACCAACAAAUCCAAGAAAAAUACGCAUGUAGCAAGUGGACAAUUGAAUUGCGACUCAGUGUUGUACACGGGCGUCAAUGGCGAGGAGGUUAAGUCGAUGCCGUUCGAGGUAGAAUUGAAGCCAGAAUUAUCUGAAUUUGUGCGCAUGGAAGUGCAAUUUGAAGAAUACUUUAAGAAACUAGCUUCGCAGGCAGCCUUCAACAUUUCCUGUGCCGCUAAGGUAAGGGGUACCGAAUAUGAAUACUACGCACAAGAUGACUUCCGAGUACGCAAACCGGAUAUUAAAUUUACAUUCCAAGGAAAAAUUGUGUCGCAACAGCCAGUUGAUGUGAUUGUGAGGCUAACAAAUCCUCUGCCCAUACCACUUAGAAAGGGUAUGUUCUACAUCGAAGGACCCGGUAUUGAGAAGGCAUUGAGAUUUAAGAUCGCCGAGAUCCCAGUCGGUGGCACAGCUGCCUCGACUUUCAAAUAUGUUCCCCCCUAUGCGGGACGUGGUACACUUCUUGCCAAGUUCAAUUGCAAGGAACUCGAUGAUGUGGACGGGUACAUGCAUUAUGAGAUUGAGCCAAGACCGGAGGAUAUUAUUAACAAUGGCACAAAUCGAUCGCACAACAUCAUACGACGCAGAACCGAUGUUAUAGCAUGAAAAGGGUUUUAUCGGGAAACAUUUAGCCACAUUAAAUAUAGAAAUGUAUCAAUAUAUAUGUAAAUAAGGACAUAGGAAAACACACAUUAGUUUUUUACAAAGAUACAGAAAUCUCUCAAGUUGCUCAUAACAAAUAUUUUUAAAGUCCACUUUGUGUGAAGGGGUUAGGUGGGUUUGAAAAUUUCAAAAAAUCGAAUUUUGUUUUUUUGUCUGAUUAAAUAGUACAGUAUGUUUAAAAUACUCUCCUAAAAUUUUAAGUCAAUCCGAGUAAAAUUCUAAGAGAUAGACCCUUCAGAAGUUCCGCCCAUUAGGCCACGUCAGUUGAGCGCUUCGCUCGUAUACGUGUUUAUCUCAAAACUCCACUCGAAAAGCUAUGAAGCGAUUUAGUUCAAAUUUUGUACAAAUCUUUGAAAUAACAUUAUCUAGUUAUUGAACGAAGGAUUUUUUUUUUGUUAAUUACAACAAUUUUUUUUUAGCCAAUGUAUGUCGAAAAUUUCACUAAAAAAUGUGUUUUUUGGUUCAAAGCCUGUCAUAAAUUCAAAUUUUGAUUUUUUUUCCUUCGUACAACAACGAGAUUUAUCCAUGUACUAACGAAAUCCGUUUGGUUUUCUGAUUUUAGAUGAACCAAUAAUGAGCUAUGCUGUCCACGGCAAGAGCAUUUUUUUUUUGAGACGUCAAGGAAGAUGAGGUACCAACGGCUGAGUUUUCGAAAUUUUUAAAUAAAAAUUUCACAAAAUACUGUUUAUAUAUGUAUCUUAGAUACAGUGAAUUGCUUAAAUAAAAUAUAUGAUUUUAUAUACUAAAAAAAAAUAGUCAAAAUCUUCUUUUUUUCAACCUCUGAAACCCACCUAACCCCUGAAGUUUCAUAUGUACUUUACAGUAACUCCAUUUUCUAUAGCAACAAAAACAAACGCCAAACAUACUUGCUGAAAUAUUAUGCCAAUACAUACAUAUGUACAUGUAAUCUUCUCGAUGGUGUGCUGAUUAUAUAUCAUAUUUAUUAUAGUAAUUUAUAUUCAAAGUAAUCAAAGUGCCUUUUGUAUAAUUUUAGUUGUAUUUUUAAUAUAUAAGCAUAAAAAUUAUAGAAAAAAAAAUAACGUAGCUAAUAAAAUAUAAACGAAUCGAU